AUGGCCCCUCUCAAUGUCUGCAUGGUCGGGACGGGCGAGUACACCACUGGCUUCGUCGGUGGUGGUAUGUCAGGCUCCGACAAGAAGGUAGGAGUAGUUGGCUUGACAUUGUUCGAUCUACGGAAACGAGGCAGGGUUGGCAAGCUGUCCAUGGUGGGCACGUCUGGGAAUAAAUUUCCAGCCAUUCGCGACCACCUUCACAAGAACAUCACCCAGGCUUACAAUGGUCUCGAUACUUCCUUCGACUCGUUUCCCGGCAACGAAGAGCGAGAUCCGGAAGCUUACAAGAAGGCCAUCGAUGCCUUGUCGCCUGGAGACGCCAUCACAAUCUUCACUCCAGACCCAACGCACUACCCGAUAGCUCUCUAUGCCAUCCAACGAAAGAUCCAUGUCAUGAUCACAAAGCCAGCAGUCAAGACACUGAAGGAGCACCAGCAUCUGCUAGAAGAAAGUCGCAAGAACAAUGUCUUCGUUUAUAUAGAACAUCAUAAGCGCUUCGACCCGGCAUAUGCAGAUGCGAGGAAUAGAGCUGUUCGAGGCAAUCUAGGCGAAUUCAACUACUUCUAUAGCUACAUGAGUCAGCCCAAGAGUCAGCUAGAGACGUUCAAGGCAUGGGCGGGCAAGGAUAGCGAUAUCUCGUACUACCUCAACAGCCACCACAUCGAUGUUAAUGAGAGUAUGGUACCAGACUAUCGACCUACAAGGGUGACAGGAUCGGCGUCAAAAGGCAUUGCAACGGACUUGGGCUGCGUUGAGGAGACCGAGGACACCAUCUCGCUGCUUGUCGACUGGGAGAAGAAAGACGGUUCUGGCCGAAGAGCCACGGGCGUAUAUACUGCAUCUUGGACCGCUCCACAAAAAGCCGGUGUGCAUUCGAAUCAGUACUUCCACUAUAUGGCGUCGAAGGGUGAGGUCCGUGUCAAUCAGGCGAAGCGAGGUUAUGAUGUGACGGAGGACGAGAGCGGUCUGACGUGGUACAACCCUUUCUACAUGAAAUACGCUCCUGACGAAGAAGGCAACUUUGCUGGCCAAGGUGGCUAUGGCUACAUCAGCUUCGAGAAGUUUGUAGAUGGCUGCCAGGCUCUGAAGGACGGCCGGGCGACGAUCGAUGACCUGGACACGAGAGGCUUGCCCACACUCAAGAAUACCAUGGCCACAGGCGCAAUCUUGGAGGCUGGCCGAAUCAGUCUGGAUGAGCGAAGACAAGUUGACAUUGUUGAGAAGGAUGGCACGUGGAGUUUGCGGUGA